UGGCGAAUUCUCAGACCGAUGCGAGUCCGGGUGUCCGGUGGAAAAAGCUUGCCACUGCUAUCAUAAGCGGAGAUGUGGUCCAUCAAGAAAAUCUUAUGGUCCAGCAAGAUAUGCUGGUUACUGAAAUCGAAGCUACAGACGGCUCUAUGGCCACAGCUCUUAGAGCUGUCUAUGAAAGUGAGGAACCCCAGAAGUUUAUGGAAAGACUGGAUGCGAGGAUCAAAAGUCAUGACAAAGAGAUUGAACGCAUGUGUAACUUUCACUACCAGGGUUUCAUCGACUCCAUCCGUGAAUUGUUGCAGGUCCGCUCAGAUGCCGAUACUCUACAGGAAGAGAUUUCAAACAUCAAUGGUUCCCUGCAGAAGUCUGGUCACAGCCUGAUAGGAAAGGGAGAGGAACUCAUCAAAUGCCGCAAGAUACAGAAAAACAUUGCGGCAGCAGUUGAAGGAUUAACCCUCUGUUUACCAGUAUUGGAAACCUACAGUAAACUAAGAGAACAAAUGAAAAAUAAACGCUACUACCCGGCCUUGAAGACGUUAGAACAACUGGAACACACUUACCUACCCAGGGUUAGCAAGUACCGGUUCUCACAGACGAUGGCUGAUCAUAUCCCGAAGUUACGUGAGAACAUUAAGGAGGCAUCCAUGAUCGACCUCAAGGAUUUCCUGGAGAAUAUCCGCAAGCACUCAACCAAGAUUGGAGAAGUAGCUAUGAGACAUGCUGCUGAACAAAACAACAUCGACCCAAGCAUAGCUGUGACAAAGCAGAAACGCAGAGCCCCUGCCCCUCCCACGAAUCCAUUCGGGAGCGAAGUGCCCCUCCCUUCAGAUUUAGUACCAGAUCAUGAAGAUGAAGAAAUGAGUGCUCAAGAUGUGGUGGAUUUCUCUCCGGUUUAUAGGUGCUUGCAUAUAUACUCAGUGUUGGGUGCUAGGGAUACCUUUGAAAGUUAUUAUAGAAAGCAGAGGAAGAAACAGGCCCGAUUAGCACUACAACCUCCUCCUAAUAUGCAUGAGAGUAUAGAGGGCUAUCGAAAGUAUUUCCAUGAUAUCAUAGGCUUCUUUGUAGUUGAGGACCACAUUCUGAAUACGACGUCUGGUUUAGUGAACAAAGCAUACAUUGAUGACAUGUGGGAAAUGGCGCUGACCAAGGUCGUGGCAAUGCUUCGAACGAACUCAAAAAUCUGUACGAAUCCACAGCUGAUGUUACAGCUGAAGAAUCUUAUCGUUUUAUUUUCACAUACACUGAGGGGCUAUGGUUUUCCAGUAGGUCAGUUAUAUGACUUGCUACUCGAGCUACGGGAUAUGUACAGUGAGGUUCUCAUGAAGAAGUGGGUGUCGAUAUUCGACGGGAUCUUCAAUGAAGAUAACUACACACCAAUCCAUGUUGAGUCCGAUGUGAAGUAUCAGGAAAUCACCAGUAUUUAUCCAUUUGAAGAUGAUGGGUUAGAAAAGUCCCAGUUUCCAAAGACGUUUCCAUUUUCCCACUUUGUGCCAAAGGUUUAUAACCAAGUUAAAGAAUAUAUCUAUGCAUGUCUCAAGUUCACCGAUGAUUUACACCUUAGUCAAACAGAGAUAGACGAUAUGGUGCGUAAAUCAGCGAAUGUGUUAUUAACACGGACCCUGAGUGGAUGUCUGUCUGCGCUCAUCAAACGGCCCAGUCUAACGUUACAUCAGUUGAUACAAAUCUCUAUAAAUAUGAACUACUUAGAGCAGUCAUGUGUUUACCUGGAGACCUUUAUAACUAAUAUUACUGGUAUAAAAAAACAGCAAACACAGUGGCAAAGUGCUGAGAAAGACGGUGUUCACCUCUCUCGGUUGCACGGGACUUCCAUGUUUAAAGAUUCGCGCAGCGAGGCCGAGGCACAGAUCUAUAGAGCACUCAACACCAAGAUAGACGAAUUCUUGGAUCUAGCCACCUAUGAUUGGACAUUACAAGAAUCGAAAGGCCAUGCCAGCGGCUAUGUGAUGGACCUUCUAGCGUUCUUAGAAAGCAUGUUCUUAUCCUUCACAAAUCUACCGCCAAAGGUCGCGCAGACCGCAUGCAUGUCUUCAUGCAAAUAUAUCGCACAGAAGUUUCUAGAAUUUCUGAUCGAUCCCGAUAUCCGACACAUAACAAGUGGAGCCUUGCAACAGCUCAACUUAGACCUGAUGCAGUGUGAACAAUAUGCCAACUCGGAGCCAGUACGUGGACUCCGGGACACGCUACUCCUAGCCUUUGCAGAUCUUCGCCAGUUGUUAGAUCUGUUCCUGAUCUGGGACUGGUCAACUUAUCUUGCCGACUACGGACAACCCAAUAGUAAAUACGUCAGAGUCCAUCCAAACAUUGCCAUUACGCUGUUAGAAAAGAUGCGAGAUGCAGACAAGAAGAAGAACAUCUUCACUUCCCUUAAACAGAAGGAGAAGGACAAGAGACGGUUACUAGAGACAGUUCUCAAACAGUUACGUAGCUUGGCCGCUUCAAAUGGGACAGGUCCACACAGCUGAUGCAGCGUGGAACAGAUCACCAUUUGAAGUCCUCGUCUGCCAAGAUAUGUAUAUGGCUGUCUUCAACUUCAGCCUGCUAUCAGCAUGUUAAUGUUUUCUGAACAAAGAGGCCAAAUAUGAAGCUCAUCACGUAGGAGCUGUGCUGUGACUUGGUUAGGUUCUUUGAUAUGAUUUGUUGAGGCAAAUGCUCUGAUUGAGUAAGAUAAGGUCUCCAUCAUGCUCGACAGAUUUGGGCAAUUUACUGUGAUGUGCCAAGUGGCACUCUGUGCAUUUGUGGUUUAUUUUUAGUCACAUGAGGUGAUGAAUUUUUGGAGCUGUCCGUUUUCCAUGAUAUGAGGAAGCCACAGACUAAUUGGGUUGCCCAGCUUAAGUUGUGAGCAACUUGCUAUUGACAAUUUUAUUUUUUUGAUGCAGACUCAAAUUUCUGUGGCUAUGGAGUUGGCAGUAUGCAAUUUGCUGAGCUCAAAAUGUCUUGAACAUUUCUCUUCUUGUUCCCUAAAAGUGCUUUAUAUUCUCUCUAAAGGAGCCGUUACUGAUUAAAGUGUGGCAUUGUGCUAUAUCUCAGAUGAUCACGUGCAAAGUUGGGGAACCAAUGACAACAUUACUGGAACUAAGAAAUUUGUUAUUCAACACUUUUUAGUUUUGACUUGAAUUGAAAUACAGCAUCAUACUGUCAAAACCAUAGACAGCAGUUCUGAGUUCAGCGUCAAUCUAUAUAAGUUGCCGGCCUUCCUUGUAUAGUAAACUUGCAAUUAAGGAAGAUAAUUGCGACUCUUUGGUGCUAUGACAAUCCGUGUGUUUUGUUUGCCCAUGACCAAAUACUUGUUGCGUUUUGUUUGAUGUGCAAUACUCUUAUAGUUAGCCUCUUAAAUUCUAAGGACUCUUCUUCAUCAUGGCCAUGUUUGCCACAAAGACAUCUUAUCGAGGCUAUUCGAGAAAUAUCCUCAAAUUGUGUAGUUCUCCUUUGGUUUUGAGUAGCAAAUAGUUUAUUACAAGUUACAAGCUGGGUUGUUAGAGACAAUUAUUUUGCCAUCAAUGGGUUGUA